ACGCGGUGGGCCCCUGGGCGGGGGACAGGUGGCGUCUCCGCCGGCGCCGCAAGGGCUCUGCCUUGUACGGGGAAUCUCCGCUCGGGCUCCGGCCAGGGGAGGCGGCUCCGGCGGCUCCGGCGGCUCCGGCGGGGCAGGCGGGCUCCACCCCCGGGCCGGUCGCGCGCCCGUGCCUCCCAGUUCCCGGAGCCCGAGUAGGGACUCGAGGUGGUGGCGGCGGCGGCUCCGCUCCCAGCUGGGCGUCUGGGCGCCUGGGCGCGGGGCCAGGACGGGAGGGGAGCGGCGGCGGCGCUGGGCGGCGGAUAGCGCGGAGGGCGGCGGCCUGGACCCGCCGAGCCAUGGCGGCCCCGGAGCCGGUGCCGAGGCGGGGCCGGGAGCGGGAGCGGGAGGACGAGAGUGAGGACGAGAGCGACAUCCUGGAAGAGAGCCCGUGCGGCCGCUGGCAGAAGCGGCGGGAGCAGGUGAACCAGGGGAACAUGCCCGGCGUCCAGAGCACCUUCCUGGCCAUGGACACGGAGGAGGGGGUGGAGGUGGUGUGGAACGAGCUGCACUUCGCUGACAGGAAGGCUUUUUCGGCCCACGAGGAGAAGAUCCAGAUCAUAUUUGAGCAGCUGGUGCUGGUGGACCACCCCAACAUUGUCAAGCUGCACAAGUACUGGCUGGACGCCUCGGAGGCCCGAGCACGGGUCAUCUUCAUCACAGAGUACGUGUCAUCGGGCAGCCUCAAGCAGUUCCUCAAAAAGACCAAGAAGAACCACAAGGCCAUGAACGCCAGGUCCGUCCGCCGCCAGGCCUGGAAGCGCUGGUGCACGCAGAUCCUGUCCGCGCUCAGCUUUCUGCACGCCUGCAGCCCCCCCAUCAUCCACGGGAACCUGACCAGCGACACCAUCUUCAUACAGCACAACGGCCUCAUCAAGAUCGGCUCUGUGUGGCACCGGAUCUUCUCCAAUGCGCUCCCAGACGAUCUUCGAAGCCCCAUCCGUGUUGAGCGGGAGGAACCUCGGAACCUGCACUUCUUCCCGCCAGAGUAUGGAGAAGUUGCCGAUGGCACUGCGGUGGACAUCUUCUCUUUUGGGAUGUGUGCGCUGGAGAUGGCUGUGCUGGAGAUCCAGGCCAAUGGGGACACCCGGGUCACAGAGGAGGCCAUCGCUCGCGCCAGGCAUUCUCUGAGUGACCCCAACAUGCGGGAGUUCAUCCUCUCCUGCCUGGCCCGGGACCCCGCCCGCCGGCCCUCCGCGCACAGCCUCCUCUUCCACCGUGUGCUGUUUGAGGUGCACUCGCUGAAGCUCCUGGCCGCUCACUGCUUCAUCCAGCACCAGUACCUCAUGCCUGAGAACGUGGUGGAGGAAAAGACCAAGGCAACGGACCCGCACACGGUCCUGGCAGAGAUCCCCCGGCCGUCCCGGCCCCCGUUGCAGUGGCGGUACUCAGAGGUCUCCUGCUUGGAGCUUGACAAGUUCCUGGAGGAUGUCAGAAAUGGGAUCUACCCACUGAUGAACUUCGCUGCUGCUCGGCCCCUGGGGCUGCCCCGUGUGCUGGCCCCACCCCCCGAGGAAGCCCCAAAGGCCAAGACCCCGACGCCAGAACCCUUUGACUCAGAGACCAGAAAGGUGAUCCAGAUGCAGUGUAACCUGGAGAGAAGCGAGGACCAGGCGCGCUGGCAUCUCACUCUGCUCCUCGUGCUGGAGGACAGGCUGCACCGGCAGCUCACCUACGACCUGCUCCCAACUGACAGUGCCCAGGACCUGGCCGCCGAGCUGGUGCACUAUGGCUUCGUCCACGAGGUGAGGACGAUCGGCCGAAGCUGGCUGCCUUCCUGGACAGCACCUUCCUCAAGUACCGCGGAGCUCAGCUGUGACCGUGAUCCCGCCUCAGCGCUCCCGCUCCCCAGCCCCUCCCCCCCCCCCCCCGAACCAGACCUGGUGGCUCCCGUGGGGAAGCUCGGCAUUGGCCCCGGCGUCUGGGUGGGGGACCAGGGGCCCCCCCUGCCUGUGUGCCUGCUAGUGAGGAUCCUCCCCCUCCCACAGCUCCCAGCAACCCUGCGGCGGGGCUGAGGGUGGUGGGGUCAGGCCCAUCAGGGGUGAGGGAGCCAGGGCUGGGGCUGGGGGGCUGGUUAGGCCCCGCAUGUCCUUAGGAUCAGGAUCCCCCCAUCGGCCAGCUUCCACAACUCAGCAUCCCUCCCGUGCCCUCCAUUUCCACCCCCGACGCAGUCUGGUCAUGAGGGGCUGCCCUGCAGGGAAACGCGGCAGUGCUGGGGGGCUGAGGGGCGGGGGUUGGCCCUGGACAGAUGUGUGCCCAGAGGAGCGCUGCAUUCCAAUUUGCUACCGCAGAGCCACACGAGGAACCGGAAUCGCUGCCUUAAACCCUUGGUAAACCACCUGCAGGUGUCAGGCGUGGUGCUGGGCUGGGCAGGGCCACGGCCCUUCAGCUCCAUGUGGCUCUCGCACCCUGCCCCCCGGCCAGUGCAGACCCUCCAAAGGGCUAUUUUCUGUCCUUGUUCCCUGGCCUCGAGUGGUCAUGGUCAGGCACCCUCCCUGCUCCUCCCAAGCUCACCACCCCUCCCGCUACGUCUGUUACCUCCUCCUGUGGCAGCUGCCUUCCUGGGUCCUAAGGCUACCAGCCCCGGCUCCCUGUCUCCCCCACCCCUACCCCCCAUAACCCUAGCCUCCAUUCACUUGGACCACCUCCCUUCAUUUUCAGAUGUAGUUGAUCACUGUUAAAGAUUUUAAACUGCAUGUAUAAAUUUAGCACAUUCAGUUUCUAAGCUUUUCAGAUGUCAAACAAGAAAAGCUCACCACCGUGUUAGUUCUCUGUUGCUGCUGUCAGGGUUUACCACAAACUCAGUGACUUAAACCAGCACACUUAGAUAGUUCUGUAGCUCAGAAGUCUGGCACAGAUCCCGCCAGACUAAAAUCAAAGUGUUAAGAAGACUGCGUGUCUUUCUGGAGGUUCUAGGGCAGAACCCAUUUCCUGCUCCUUCAGGUUGCUGGCCUGCAGGUGCCAGGCACGGCACUGGGCACAGGGCAGGGAUUCAUUUCCUCGCAGUGAUGGGGCCGAGAUCCCCACUUCCUUGCCUGCUGUAAACUGAAGGCCACUCUGAGCUUCUAGAGGCAGCCACCUCCAUUGGCUCACGGCCCUGUCCUCUGUCUUCAAAGUCGGAAACAUCGGGUGGAGUCUGUCUCACGAAACUGUGUGUCUGGUUUUCUGCAGCCAGGAAAGCUUCGUGUGGCUAGGUUGGGUCCACCCGGAUAAUCCAGGAUGAUCUCCCCAUCUCAAGGUCCUUAAUCACAUGUGCAAAAUAACCUUUCACCAAGUAAAGUAAUAUUAACAGGUUCUGGGGGUUGGGACACGGACAUCUUUGCAAGGGGCAGGGGGUGGGUGUCAUUAUCCCACCUACCACAUCACCCUAGCCAAAACCCUAAACCAAAACACCUUACCAAGAUGUAUCAAAUGAAACACAUGCACCAAUACGGUGAAUCUCAAGUUAUCUUAAACAUUCCAAUAUGCUUUACAAAAUUAUUCAAGUUCUCACACCUUUCAAUUUAAAAUUACAAUCUAAAAUAACUUACACAUGUAGUUGGAAACGCUGAUGCUGUCUGAUUCUGCGUCAUCUUAAACAGUUUGAGUGUCCAAUGCGUAACAGAUUGUACCAGUGAUUAAACUGAACUCAAAAGGAUCAAUACUAUCAUUGCUUCAUUUAAUGCCUAUGUUGAGGUUUUCAUUUUAACUUUUAUCUUUUCAAAGUUAUAUACACAUUAUUUUAAAAGUGGAAUUUUC